GCAGCCGCGGGGCGGGCGGCGGCGCUGAGGGAGGCGGAGGGGGCCGGGCUCGGCUCGUCGCCGCGGUCCGUGCGGGGAGUCGCCGCCGCCGCCGCCGCCGCCGCUGCUGCCGGGCGUCACGCGGACUGGAGGGCCGGAGCUGGAGGAGGAGCCGCCGCCAGCCUCCUGCCUGACAUAAUUCACUUGAAGAAGUGCACAAUGUCAGAACGUGGAAUCAAGUGGGCUUGUGAAUAUUGUACGUAUGAAAACUGGCCAUCUGCAAUCAAGUGUACCAUGUGUCGUGCCCAAAGACCUAGUGGAACAAUUAUUACAGAAGAUCCCUUUAAAAGUGGUUCAAGUGAUGUCGGUAGAGACUGGGAUCCUUCCAGCACCGAAGGAGGAAGUAGUCCUUUGAUCUGUCCAGACUCCAGUGCAAGACCAAGGGUGAAGUCUUCAUACAGCAUGGAGAACGCGAAUAAGUGGUCAUGCCACAUGUGCACGUACUUGAACUGGCCGAGAGCGAUCAGGUGCACGCAGUGCUUGUCGCAGCGCAGGACCAGGAGUCCCACAGAAUCCCCUCAGUCCUCAGGGUCCGGCUCCAGACCAGUUGCUUUUUCUGUUGAUCCUUGUGAGGAAUACAAUGAUAGAAAUAAAUUGAACACAAGGACCCAGCAUUGGACUUGUUCUAUUUGCACAUAUGAAAACUGGGCGAAGGCUAAAAAGUGUGUCGUUUGUGAUCACCCCAGACCCAAUAACAUUGAAGCCAUAGAGCUGGCAGAGACUGAAGAGGCUUCUUCCAUAAUCAAUGAGCAGGACAGGGCACGGUGGAGGGGAAGCUGCAGUAGUGGCAACAGCCAGAGAAGAUCACCUCCUGCUGCGAAACGGGACUCGGAUGUGAAGAUGGAUUUUCAGAGGAUUGAGUUGGCUGGUGCUGUCGGCAGCCAGGAGGAGCUUGAAGUGGACUUCAAGAAACUAAAGCAGAUUAAAAACAGGAUGAAAAAGACUGAUUGGCUCUUCCUCAAUGCCUGUGUGGGGGUCGUGGAAGGCGAUUUAGCUGCCGUAGAAGCAUACAAGUCGUCAGGAGGCGAUAUUGCACGCCAGCUCACUGCAGAUGAAGUGCGCUUGCUGAACCGUCCUUCUGCCUUUGAUGUUGGCUAUACCCUGGUCCACUUGGCCAUACGCUUCCAGAGGCAGGAUAUGCUAGCUCUAUUGCUCACAGAGGUGUCUCAACAAGCAGCGAAGUGUAUUCCAGCAAUGGUGUGUCCUGAACUUACGGAACAAAUCCGCAGAGAAAUAGCAGCCUCUCUCCAUCAGAGAAAGGGAGAUUUGGCUUGCUAUUUUCUAACUGACCUUGUGACAUUUACAUUACCAGCAGAUAUUGAAGACCUGCCCCCAACAGUCCAAGAAAAAUUAUUUGAUGAGGUGCUUGAUAGGGAUGUUCAAAAAGAGUUAGAGGAAGAGUCUCCAAUUAUAAACUGGUCCCUGGAAUUGGCUACACGUUUGGAUAGUCGACUGUAUGCACUUUGGAACCGCACUGCGGGUGACUGCUUACUGGACUCAGUCCUCCAGGCGACCUGGGGCAUCUAUGACAAGGACUCGGUGCUGCGGAAAGCUCUGCACGACAGCCUGCAUGACUGUUCACACUGGUUUUACACACGCUGGAAAGAUUGGGAAUCCUGGUAUUCUCAAAGCUUUGGUUUACAUUUUUCCUUGAGAGAAGAGCAGUGGCAAGAAGACUGGGCGUUUAUCCUCUCUCUUGCUAGCCAGCCUGGAGCAAGUUUGGAACAGACACACAUCUUUGUACUUGCACAUAUUCUUAGACGACCAAUUAUAGUUUAUGGAGUAAAAUAUUAUAAGAGUUUUCGAGGAGAAACUUUAGGUUAUACUCGGUUUCAAGGGGUGUACUUGCCUUUGUUGUGGGAACAGAGUUUUUGUUGGAAGAGUCCUAUUGCUCUGGGCUAUACGAGGGGCCACUUCUCUGCUCUGGUCGCCAUGGAGAAUGAUGGCUAUGGUGGCCGAGGUGCUGGUGCUAACCUGAACACCGAUGAUGAUGUCACCAUCACAUUCCUGCCUCUGGUUGACAGUGAAAGGAAGUUACUGCACGUACACUUUCUUUCUGCUCAGGAGCUAGGUAACGAGGAGCAGCAGGAGCGCCUGCUCCGUGAGUGGCUGGACUGCUGUGUGACUGAGGGGGGUGUGCUGGUGGCCAUGCAGAAGAGCUCGCGGCGGCGCAGCCACCCCCUGGUGACCCAGAUGAUGGAGAAGUGGCUGGACCGCUACCGGCAGAUCCGGCCCUGCACUUCCCUUUCUGAUGGAGAGGAAGAUGAAGAGGAUGAAGAUGAAUGAAAAGGACCCAGGCACCAGGUCUGCGCUGGCCCCAAAAUGAGCGUGGUACUCCAGCAGAAUGUGUGGCCCGUCCUGGUAGGACGCGUCCUGGAAGGCUCUUGCCUGCCUCACACCCAGGGGCUGCGUCUGCUGCAUGAGGAGACGGGACUUUGGUUGAACUAGAGUUUGUAAAAAACGAAUUUUAUUAAGACAGAACUUUUUUCCUUUGAAACUGUAAAUCUGUCUAUAAAUGUAACGCAUGUGGUUGUGCAAGAGUGUGUACUAGGAGAAGCUGAGAAGCUGCAGCAGCAUCUGUCCCCAAGCAGCCUCUCCCGCAUGGGCACUCCCACCGCACACGGCAGGAGACUGUUCCUCGCUUAGACCUCACACCAAGCCUCCGAGAUUGGGAAACUUUUGUACAAAUUACCCACAGCAGAACACAAAAAUAAACAAGCAUUUAUUUGA